GAGGGAGACGCAGAGAGGUCUAUUCCACUCCCCGAAGAUCCUGAUGGGACCUCUCUGUUUAAGCUCUGGUCUCUGUUUACGAGCCAUGGCAUUUGCUUCCUGCACGCUUUCUGCCAGCCUGCCUACAGUGAGCAUCGGCGUGCCUGCUGACCAUGGGGCUCAAGUCCAGGGAUGUUGAUGGCUCGGGCGAAGGCAAAAAGCUGCGGGUGGGAUUCGCUACCGAUCCCGAGCCCGGGGUGGUGGGAUUCGGUCUGAACUCCGGGGCGGACCGGGACGGCGCUCUGCUGCUGGAAGGACGGAGCAAAGAAGACAGCAAACCGGGACCGAAGGAAGGUCUGAACCUCCUGAACAAACCUCUGAGCCACAAUCAACUGAACAGAAGGAAAGCCACCUACAGAAAACUGCAGAACUUUAUCUAUGAUGCGCUAGAGAGACCCGGAGGAUGGGCACUGGUCUAUCACGCCUUCGUAUUUUUGUUAGUCCUUGGAUGCUUAAUCCUGGCCAUCUUGUCAACAUUUUCUGAAUUUGAGGCUCUCUCACAAAAAUGGCUCCUGACACUGGAAGCUGUUACCAUCGUUGUGUUUGGAUUAGAAUUCGCUCUCAGGGUCUGGGCAGCUGGCUGCUGUUGCCGAUUCAGAGGAUGGAGAGGUCGCCUGAAGUUUAUCAGAAAGCCAUUGUGUAUCCUAGACAUCAUCGUCCUGAUUGGCUCUGUGGUGAUUGUUGCUGUGGGGACAUUGCAGAACAUAGUAGCAACAUCACUGCGAAGCUUACGUUUUCUACAAAUACUGCGCAUGUUGCGAAUGGACCGGAGAGGAGGCACGUGGAAGCUUUUAGGAUCAGCUAUUUGCUCUCACAGCAAGGAACUCAUCACUGCCUGGUACAUAGGAUUUCUGUCACUCAUUCUGGCCUCGUUCCUGGUUUACCUGGUUGAAAAAGACGAUAAUGAUGCCAGAAACAGUACACAGGACUUUAAUACCUAUGCAGAUGCAUUGUGGUGGGGUUUGAUUACACUGACUACAAUUGGUUACGGUGACAAGACACCAAAGACUUGGGCGGGUCGUCUUUUAGCAGCAAUGUUUGCUCUUGUAGGAGUGUCAUUUUUUGCUUUGCCAGCUGGCAUUCUGGGCUCUGGGCUGGCUCUUAAAGUUCAGGAGCAGCAUCGUCAAAAGCAUUUUGAGAAAAGAAGAAAUCCUGCAGCAAGCUUGAUCCAGGCUGCGUGGAGAUUUUAUGCCACAAAUCUCAACAGGAAUGAUCUUAUUGCCACAUGGAGAUAUUAUGAAAGUGUCAUCACAAUUCCUUUCUUCAGAAAAGAUCAAGGGGAUGAAGCUACCAGUCAGAAGCUGAGCCUUUUCGAACGUGUUCGUAGUGCUGGACCCAGAGGUGGCAAUGUUAAGAGCAAGUUUUUUACACCUCAAAACACCGACGGAGUAGAGGAUAGUCCUUCAAAGGAUCAGAAGAGUUUGGGUUUCAGUGACCUUCGAGCUGCAGUUCGUAUUAAAGCCUUUGGCUUCAGGCAGAGCUCAGAAGAUGCUGCUGCUGAGGUGGACCAAGAGCCUGAAGACAAGGGUUACCAAGCUGACCUCAUGGAAGAUUUGAUCCCUACAUUGAAAACCGUCAUUAGGGCUACAAGGUGGGCCUUGCUACAAAAUAGGAAAAAUUGGAUUGUUUAUGGUGUCUGUUACACUGCGAAGCCUCUUGUUUAUGGUGUCUUCUCUUUAGAAAUUGAUAUGAUUCUUGCUCCUGCACCCCCAUCAACUCCCAAGCAGAAAAAAUCAACCUCAAAAGGAGGUUUUGUAUACCCUUUACAACAGUCACCUAAAAUUGAUCCUGAUGUCGCCAAAGGUUCUGAUCCGGAGGCUGAAGACCAAAGUAUGAUGGGAAGAUUUGUCAAGGUUGAAAGACAGGUUGAAGGAAUGGAGAAAAAAAUUGAUUUCCUUGUGGAUAUGCAUAUUCAGCAUAUGAAUACCCAACCGUCUGCAUCAAAUGGCUACUAUUCAAUAAAAGGGGCAGGGACAUCAGUUCAGCAAAGUCCAGUUGAGGACAAAGCGGAAGACAAAUACUCAGAGAUUAAAAGAGUCAUCUCAAACUAUCCUGAUGCCUGCAGCUAUAUGGCUCCUCAAAAUUGUUAUCAAGUCCAAGUUUCUUCUGUUGCUCCAUUUGGUUUCUUCAGACAGAGUCCAGGAAGUACAAAGUUUUCAACUUUAGCUGCUGACUUAUCAAGAUUUCCUCCACCUCCUGCUCCAUCAUACACUGAAAGACCAACAGUUCUGCCAAUAAGCUCGCUGACCGACAGUGAUGGUAACAUAUGUCCCAGCUAUCAAGGAGCAGAGCGAGCAAGUCCUUUCUCUGAUAAAUUAUCACGGAGGCAUGGGAGAAGCACAAGAGACAGUGAUACUCCAAUAUCACUCCUUUCAGUCAACCAUGAGGAACUGGAGCGCUCUCCCAGCGGAUUCAGCAUCUCCCAAUCAAAGGAUGACUUGACUUUUAGUAUUUAUGGUGGAGGAAGUUGGCCAAAAUCAAAACUUUAUUUAGCAGAGGGUGAAACGGACACAGAUACCGAUCCUUACACACCAUGUGGUUCUGCACCUCUAUCAUCUACAGGGGAUGGACUUCCUGACAAUAUAUGGCCUACGACAAAUAAGCCAACUUAGCAAGGUCACUGGAUGGCCCAUAAAUGUACAGUCACUAUAAACGGUUCACGUUUCUUGCUUCCUGCAGCACACCUACAGCUUAUUGUUACAAUGCAUUUC